CUCAGAACGAAGGCACGUGUGGUACUCCCUGUGUGUUAUAAUUUUGUUAAAAAGUUUUUUUGUAAAUAAUUAUGGGGACGAAAAAAGUAAAAAUCAGUGCUGUUAAGCGUAGUGCACAUCUAAAAUCAAAGAAGACACCACUCUCUAAACAACAACAGCAUAAGUUAGCACAGCAGAAAGCAGCUAAGGACAGAAAACAGAACAUAUUCCGUCAGAAGGCGAAAAAACGUGAACAACUACCGCAAAGACGCAAACAAAUAGGUGAUAUAUUAAACGAUCCUCUUAAAAACGAUGACGAUGAUGAGGAUCCAUCUCGGUUGGUGGAAAACAUAGCUGACAUGCUUGAUGGCGAUGACUUGGAGUACUUGCAUGAGAAGGGUCUGAACAAGCAACGCAAACGAAAAAAUGUAAGUGAUGUCGCGGAGGAAAAGCAAUCGGUUGGUUUGGAAAAAGCUUACACUAACAAAGCAGUUGAGGAGAAUGAUAAGAAAAAGGUUAAAAUAAAUCUAUUGCCAAUAAAAAGUCGUGACGGACAUAUCAUAACACGAAGUGCCGAGGUAGACUAUAUACCCAAACCAAAGUUAAAACGUGGUAAAGAGGAAGAAGAAAACGAAGGAAAUGGCAUUGAUGAUGAAGAAAGUGUGGCUUAUGAAGAUAGUGAUGAUGAUGUGGUUAAUGAUAUGGGAGCUGUCAGUGCGCUACCAGAGCCCGAGAAAAAACUCAUCUCAACUACUGAUUUGCUUAUAGCCCGCCAGCAAGAGAUUGAGCGUCAGAAAUAUCGAAUAGGAAUAAUAUGUUCAGGUCUGUUAGAAAAACCAGAGGACAAAAUGCGAAAUUUCAAUGCUUUGUAUGAGUUAAUGGAAGAGACCAAUGCAUCUGGAACCCCAAACCUUUUAACAAUACGCAAAUUGGCGAUCAUAUCCAUAACAGAAAUAUUUAAAGAUAUUUUGCCAGAAUAUCGUGUCGGUCAAGUGGAUACGAAAAUGCAAACAGUGCGCAAGGCGACUCUUGAACGAGUUACGUACGAGAACGCGCUUCUUCAGCAAUUCAAAAAAUUCUUACAAAAACUAGAAAAACUUACCGCCAUUGUAAAUAGGCGCGGCCAAGGGCGCGUAACUCCGCAAGCUAUUAAAAUGGCCGAAGUGGCUGUGCAGAGUAUGUGUGAUAUACUUAUCGCUCAUCCGUACUUUAAUUAUGUUCAAAAUGUGGCACAGCUUUUAGUAUAUAUGCUUAAUUGCAAAUAUCAGAAUAUGAGAGAGACAAUUAACAAAUGCUUCCGGAGCUUUUUCGCUAGUGAUAAGAAGUUGGAUAUGACCCUUUUCAUUGUAAGACGCAUAAAUCACCUCAUAAAAACAAAGUUGCCGAACGUGCAUGUUGAAUGUAUUACCUGUUUGAUGUCACUCAAGAUAAAAAAUGUGAAUUUAGAUGCUGAAAAGGAAAACGAGUUGAAACAAAAAAAAUUGGAGGCCCAUAGACAGCGUUUGAUGAGUUUAUCAAAGAAAGAACGUAAGAGACGCAAGAAAUUAGCAGAAGUAAACAGAGAGUUAGAUGAAACCCGAGCUGAAGAAAACAAGCAAACAAAGCUUUAUAAACUCACGGAAAUAACGAAAAUGGUGUUUACGAUAUAUUUUCGAGUUUUGAAAAAUGAUCCUACAUCAAAAGUACUUAGUGUAAUUUUGGAAGGCUUAGCAGAAUUUGCACAUGUCAUAAAUAUAGAUUUCUUCUCGGACCUCAUCGAUGUACUAAAUAGAAUAUUAGAAGAAAUGGAUUUGGGUUAUAGGGAACAAUUACAUUGUAUAAAAACUAUCUUCGUAAUUCUAUCUGGCCAAGGAGAAGUACUAAACAUUGAUCCAAUUCGUUUCUACCAACAUUUCUACAAAAAUUUACUAACCGUUGAUGCUGGUAAAAACCAUGAGGAUUUCCGCAUUAUACUAGGCACUUUAGAUGAAGUUUUGGUUAAAAGACGACGAAAUAUAAGCCAGCAACGCCUAAUGGCGUUUAUAAAACGAUUACUAACGCUCAGUAUGCAUUUGCUACAUCAUGGAACUUUAGCAACGUUGGGAACAAUAAAAACAACUUUUCAACUUACAUCAGUGUUAGAUGUAUUACUUGAUACGGACACUAGUGUAGGAUCUGGCAAUUAUAAUCCUGAAUUAGACGAUCCAGAAUAUUGCAAUGCCUCAAGUACGGCGCUUUAUGAGUUGACUAUGCUCUCCCGUCAUUACCAUCCAACGGUGCGGAAGAUGGCUAUGCACAUAGCUAGAGGUGUGCCUGCAUCAGGAGAAGGAUCACUGCCCCCGGAGAUUGGAAAACUGACCUCUCAUGAACUGUACGAUCAGUUUGACAGCACGCAAAUGGUAUUCAAUCCCGUUAUACCGGUGCCGAAGCAAGUGGAACCAAAAAUGAAGAAAGGUAGACACCAAUUUAUCAACUCUGAUUUUAAACUAUACUGGAAAAGUAUCAUACGAUCGGGGGAAGCUGCUUUAAAGGAAAAAUCAGGGCUCAAAGAUCCCCCAGGUUAUAACUUCUAUAAUGCUCUUGUAAAUAACUGAUCCAACUUUUAAAAGUAGUAACAAAAUAAAUUCUCAUAUUACUU